AUGGGUGAGGCCAACAGCUCCAGCCUGACACCAAGAUACUUUAUCCUUAAUGGGAUUCCUGGGCUGGAAGCCGCACACAUUUGGAUCUCCCUGCCAUUCUGCUGUAUGUACAUCCUUGCUGUCGUGGGGAACUGUGGCCUUAUCUAUCUCAUCAGCCACGAGGAAGCCCUGCACCGACCCAUGUAUUACUUCAUAGCCUUGCUGUCCUUCACCGAUGUUUUUGCGUGCACUUCCUUUGUUCCCAAUAUGUUAUGUAUCUUUUGGUUCAGUCUCAAAGAGAUCCACUUUAAUGCCUGCCUUGUACAGAUGUUUUUCAUCCACAUGUGGACAAUAACAGAGUCUGGCAUGCUCAUGCUCAUGGCUCUGGACCACUAUGUGGCUAUUUGCUACCCUCUACGCUAUUCCUCCAUACUCACCCAUACUGCCAUUACCAAGGUUUGGUUUGCCACUUUCUUUAGAAGUGUGUUGCUCACAAUCCCACAUACUUUCCUGAUCAAGCGUCUUCCCUUCUGCAGGGGUAACCUUAUCCAACACACCUAUAGUGACCAUAUGUCUAUGGCUAAAUUAUCCUGCGCCAAUAUCAGGACUAAUGCUCUCUAUGGUCUCCUAACUGUCAUAGUGAUUGGGGGCUUUGAUAUACUCUGUAUCACUGCAUCUUAUACCAUGAUUAUCCGUGCUGUAAUUCAUCUAUCAUCUUCAGAUGCUCGCCACAAAGCCUUCAGUACCUGUACAUCACACAUUUGUGACAGAGACUUCUGCAAAAAUCAAGUUCCUCUCCUGAAUUAG